AUAUGAGAUGCGUCGUCAUUGCUAAUGCAGCUCGCAAAUUCUGUAGCCAGUUAACUGCGGAUACACCUAUUACAAUCCCACGAUCUCAAUCUUGAAAUGGACUUCACGUUUGUAUUAUUUCUUGUUCAAAUGGCUGCAAUCACUAUGGCACACAUGCUUAGAGUAACAAACAACUGCCCGUUUACUGUAUGGCCCGGCGUUCAAGGCGAUCCAGGACAGCAACAUCUCGAAAACGGUGGAUUUAUGUUGGGCGCUUACAAGACCCAUUUCAUUCUCUCGUCUCGGACUUGGGCCGGCAGGAUUUGGGGCAGGACUAAUUGCGACAGUCAAGGAAAAUGUGAAACAGGCGAUUGCGACAACAAGAUCCAAUGCAAUGGGACUUUGGGCGUUCCACCCUUGACCCUAGCUGAGAUACAGUUCGCCAAGUCAGACAACUUGAACUUCUACCACGUGUCAUUGGUGGACGGAUUUAACCUGCCGAUCAGGAUUAUGCCCAAUAAAUAUCGAAUAGAUCCGAACAGCGGCGACGAUUGCAAGGCGGCUGUUUGUGUGGCCGACCUGAACAGCAAGUGCCCUGCAAAGUUGGCCGUCAAGGGGGCCGAUGGCUCCAGCGUGGUGGGGUGCAAAAGCGCCUGUGCGCUGUUCAACACGAACAGUGAUUGCUGCCAAGGUGUCUACACUACCCCGGCCACUUGUAACAGCAGCUCGUGGCCACAAAACUAUCCACCAUUUUUUAAGGAAGCCUGUCCGGGUGCCUACAGUUACCCGUUCGAUAACACGACCACCACGUUUACGUGUCACGGCAAUUCGUUAACCAAGUUUGACAUCGUAUUUUGCCCUUAAACCAAUUUUUGUGUAGCUACAUUCCUAUAUAGGUUCAAGGGUAGGUUAUUUAACACGGUUUUUAUAAAUUAUUAUAUAUUUAUAUAGAAAUACAAGUAUAAGUAUUGUAUGAGAAAUAAAAAUAAAUGUUGGUUGGUAUACAUAAAUUUAUAUCAAAUACUAUUUUCGAAAAUCAACUUCUUUCCCUCUAGAUGUUAUGAUAGCUCGAAGAUGUCCAUCAUUAAAUGAUUUUUCAGAAAAUUCGAAACACAAUUUUGAUAUUCAUGUAAUUAAGUAUACUUAGGUACAUAACUCUUACUAACCGCAUUGCAAUUUGUAUAGUUUAGAGAACGUCAUAAUGGUUAUUGCUGCACUUAUACCCGCAUGUGAUGUAUCCGUCUUGCUAACGCAGUACCAAGAAGGAAAUUGUAAAUAAUC